GCAUCGUGGUCGCUGCUGCGCCGCCGCGCAUCCCUCCGUAAGCCGCGGUCGGCCGCGGUUCAAAACCAGUCGGUCUGCAUUCCAGUGUCCCGGUGAACGCCAAGCAAGUUGUUGUUUGGCGUCGUCGUCGUCGUCGUCGUCGCCGUCGCCGCCGCAGCAGCAGCGGCCGUCCCAUACAUACGUGCAUCGCACGAGUCGUUCGUUCGCAACGGAUCGGAUCGCGUCGCGUCGCACAGUCGCGCGUUGAACGAGAAACGUGAGCGAAAAUGAAGCGGCGAGAGGAGAAGUGAAAAAAAGAGAGAAGCGGGGCCCGUAACGCGGGCCACAAAGGACACGGCCCAACGGACCACCGUCGCCACCGCCGCUCUGUCGCUGGCACCUCGCUGUGAGGAGAUCCUCUUCGCCGGAACAAGAGCGAGAACGACGUAUCGCCUACGAACGAGAGAUAAUCGGGACGACUUUCUCAGCGUCGUCGACUUGGUCGUGCGGCCAGACUGAAAAAAAGGAACGACGGGAAAGAGAAACGCAGGGGUGCAAAAAGUGCAGAUGGGAAGUGCGUGAAAUAGGAGAUCCUACGAGACAAGUGUAUUCGGGCUUCGAAGGGAUGAAAGAGAAAAAAUCGGUAGCAGAGUGCAGGAAGAAUAGCCGGAGGACUUCCCCUCCGUUUUCGCGCUACACCAACAUCCGAGAUUCCUGUGUCCUUUUCUUUAAUCUUACCUGUUUGCGGUAGCGAUCCAAAUCCUGUUCUCACCAGCACCGAUUCCACUGAUGCACCGUGAAACGAGUAACAGCAUCCUCACGUUACGACGAUAUGAAAUGCUCGUCCUUGCUGCGACACUCACGGUCUCCGGCGAUCCCAUAAACGCACCGCAAGACGGUCCUUUGCUGGAAUACUAAUGACACGGAUAGUCAUUUAUGGCGCGGCCGCGCAUUCCACGUAGAACAGGAAGAGUCCAUUGUAGCUGUCGGCAGAUUGGAGUGUUUUCGAUGUAAGGUCUUCUCAAGUGCACGUGAUUUCCCAAGACCUCCGCUGCGCCGCACGCAAAUCAGAAUGUGUCAAGAUGACAUCUAUCCCCUCUUUACGUGGCGUUAUUGUAAUCCUGCUCUAUGGUCUGAUUACUUGCACGCAUGGAGAGAAAGACGAUGGAAUGUCGUUCACCCGGCAUCCACAGCCACUGGCCGCUCCGUUACAUGACGACGUGAAUUUCGAGUGCAGUCUUAAUCUGCCAGCGGAGAGUUUCGCGUGGCAUCACAGGCCGCUGGGCGCACGCAAAUGGGUACCAUUGUCGCACCCCAGCGGCGGCGGGAAAACGUCCCGGCACGUUGUCAAUUUCAACAAUGUGUCGAAAGCCGGCGACUACCGUUGCAUCGCGUUUUUCGGUACGAGCGGCUUCGCGUCGGACCCGGCGAGACUGACGCUUGCAACAAUACAGAAAUUCUCCGACAAGAGUGACGUGUUCAUUCAGGUAGCGGAGGGUAACACCGUGCCGAUUACGUGUCCCAUGCCAUAUUCCGAGCCAGAGGCUAUAGUGAUGUUCUUCAAGAACAACGCGCUCAUUAAGGACGCGAGUCUGGUCAACAGCAGGACCAUGGUCAUCAAGAACGUCAGAGUAACGGACAGCGGGUCGUAUCAUUGCAGCGCGGAGAAUUACAUAACGCAACAGACGUUCACGAGUAUGCACAAGAUAAUCUUGACGGUGCACACGAACGUCAGCCAUCAGGAGCCGUACUUGAUAAAGCAGUCGCAGACGGAGUACACGGUCGUGCGCGACAAGAACGUCACGUUGGAGUGCUUCGGCGCCGGUUACCCGGUACCGCGGGUCUCAUGGAGCAGACUGGGCAGCUCGUUGCCGUUGAAGUCGGAGAGGUCGUCCACGGGCUUGACGAUCGUGCACGUGCAGCCAUCCGAUCGAGGAGAGUACGAUUGCGUGUGGAGCAACAGCGUGGGGCAGAUCAAGUCCGUGAUUAUACUGAGGGUGAUGGAGCCGCCCAAGGUGACGAAACAGCCGAAGGCGUCCACGUUCUCCGAAGGUGGGGAAUUGGAGCUCUCGUGUGCCGUGACGGGCGAGCCGGAGCCGACCGUGGAGUGGCUCAUCAACGGGGAGACUUUGACGCCCAGCAAAAAUCAGGAGAUCAGAAGUACCACUCUCUUCAUAGCCGAAGUCGAGAAGAAGCACGCUGGGAUCGUUCAGUGCGUCGCCAGCAACGACUACGGCUCACAUUCGUCGGGAUACAACCUGCUGAGGGUGAGCCCGAAGCAGCAUGUUCUCGGCGGUACCACCGAGUCCAAGCCGGAUUACGGCAUCUCCGUGUCGAGGCACAAGCAUACCAGAGGCGGUGGUAGGCGCAGAAAUAAGGAGGGGAAAAGGAAGGGCACCGGAGCAGUCCUGGUCCCUCCAGACCAGCCCAAUGUGACAAGACUGUCUGACACUUCUGUCAUGGUGCGGUGGUCGGUACCGGAUAAUAAAGGUUUACCGAUACAGUUUUUCAAAGUUCAGUACCGUGAACUUGCUCAAAAGGCGAAUGGUAAACAGGCGAAGUGGAUGACAGCCAACACCGAAAUACCGAAUCACGUACGGUCCUUCGAAGUGCCUGACCUCCAGCCUGGCUACACUUAUCGAUUUAGAAUCGCUGCGGUGUACUCGAAUAAUGAUAACAAACUGAGUCCAAACUCUGGGCGUUUUCGUCUGAAUCGGGUGUCUGAGAAUAGCAAGAUGCCAGUACCCCUGUUGAACAACACCAAGGCGUUAGGACCGCAUCAGGUGUUGCUGAUUUGGGAGAAUCCCGAUAAGUCCGCGAGUAUCGACGGAUUCUAUAUAUAUCAUCGGGCCUCCACGUCGGCCGGCGAUUACUUGAAGACCACUGUCGAAGGGAAGGAUGCUUAUAACAUGACCAUCUCUCACUUGCAACCCGACACUACGUACGAGUUCAAAGUGCAGAGUUUCUCCGUGGACGCGGCGUCGGAAUUUUCCAAGAUACUGCGGCAGAAAACAAAGAAGAUCAUCGUCGAGCACCCGGUUCAGCAAGUGUUGGCGGAGAACAAAGUAAAGCCCAGCGAAACUAACAUAAGUGUCAGUGUGUACGUUAUAAUCGCUAUAGUAUUCGUAGCGUCGGUCUUCAUAGGGAUCGUAGUCACGAUCAUAUACAAGAAAGUGAAGUACAAGCAGAGUCGAGGAUCUUCGCAGAAUGAAGGUAAACCGAUAGCAAACGGACGAGUAAUAAACGGUGGAGUCACAGACUCCAAAAUUAAUAUUACGUCCAAUCCGCUCGCCGGUCUCGACGCAUCCGAAGACAUAAUACAGCCUAAGAGCGGACAACAGUCGUCGAUGGAAAUGACGUCGUUUCUAAACGGCCAAAACAACAACAGCAACAGCCAUAACAACGGCGACACGGCCGGAUCGGACGUGGUGAACGCCACGUCGCGUAGCGAGCCGUCGUCUCUACUCCAAGGGCCGCUGCCUAUCGAGCAACGUUUGUGAAUCGUAGCUAUGUCUCUGUUUUAGUAAGACGGUAAGAUGGUCGUCGACGACACAUGCGGUGUCGCCGAGAACAGACUGAGUGUCGCUACGCAAUGAUGCUCGCGGACCGACCUCGCGUGAGAAGUUUUCUCUCGUAUAGGAGGGACACUACGCAAAGACAUGACUUAUCGAUAUGUUAUUUUUAAUGAGAUUCUGAAACUUAACUUAUAGACUGUAUUUAACGCGUUUCAUCUACCGCAAUGAAGAGAGAGAGACUGUUGCAAGACACUUAUCUACAGGGUGUCUUAAAUAGUUAUGCUCAAACGUAUCGCUGCUGUAAACUGGGAUUAGUUUAGCGUGUGCGGGUACAUCUCGCCCGCACGUGAAGAAAAAGACGUAGGAUGUGUCGCAGAUAUCGCUAAACCUCUGACUUCCAGUCGCCUGAGAGAUUUAAUGUUAAACGAAAUCACGCUCAGAACGUCUGCCGUUCGUCGGCAUUCUGUCAAUGUCUCACGACGGCCAAAGCAGACCCAUUUUACGGCACAUGGUGACUAGAAAGCGGACCCGGAUCUGCUUGCAUCCCUUUAUGACAUAUUCUUGAUCUUUCCUUUUGAUAAAAGAAUAUUAUUAAGAAUUCACGCCCGUUAAGUAGAUAGAUACGAAAUUUAAUUAUGUACCUGCGAAGUAACUAACUUAACUGUGUUACGUAUCUACUUAAUGGGCACAAGCUAGUGAGCACUGAACAACGUGUUAUUUAGUAAUUUUAAUAUAACUUUUUAUGACGCGCGUACUUUUGUAUGCGCUUUUACGACGGGCAACUCUUCAAGUAUUCAAUUCGUAUUAAGAACUAUUUGAGGUAUGUAGGAUACAGCAUACGUACAAUAUUGUUAACUAUUAAAAUCGUUGAAGCGCGAGUAACGUCAUUUUACAAUGGUUGCUUUUAAGUAUCUUUUUAUAGAAUAAUGAAUAUAAUGUUUGAGUCAUAUAUUGUUAACAAUAUCUUGUAAUAUCUGUUAUGACAGUGUUUUCCUAGCUGCUGCUGCAAUAAAGAUUCAAUAAUUUAAUGUCAUUCACAAUGACAUGACACAAUAUGAUUGUAAUAUUUCUAAUGGUAGCUAAUUGUACAAAUUGUGCUUGGAAAUUUUUUUCCUCUGAGAAAUGGUGAAAUGAUUGUUAUUUUACGUCAAUUGAAAAAGUAGAGACAAAAACUCUGUAAAUACGAAUGUAUAAACCUUCUCUAAUAAAAUAUUUAGUAUUUUGGCUUGUUAAAAUGUCACAAUCGCAUCUGUGAAUCGAUGAUGAAGCUAGCGAAAAUAUACACAUUGUAUAUAUAUAUUUUUGAAAAUAGUUUUUAAACGACAGGAAUGAAUAUAUGUGCCUUAUAUCUUGCCUGGAAAUAAUUAUUAUUUAUAUAUUUCUAUAUAUGACAGCAUUACACAUACACGCGUGUGGACGCGUGAACACAUACACACACACACACACACAUAUACAU